CGGGUGUGGUGAGUGUGAAAUUAAAAAACGGGAAGUGUAAAAGGCCAGCCCGGGACGGUAUGAUAAAAUAAAAUGUUAUUUUUAAGAAGCAAAAUAUAACUAAGAUAAAAUGUAGAGAUAAUGAAGAUAAAAAUAAUGAAGAAAUAAUACAGAAUAUACUAAUAGAAAAAGAAAGUAAAAUAAAUGAAACUUCUGUUGAAAAAAUAAAAAAUCAUGAACAUGACAUUAAAUUGGGGCACUUUACAGCUGAUAAAAAUUUGUUUGAUAUUUUCAAUGAAUUUAUAAAAGGAAAGAAUUCGAUUACUCAAAGCUUUGUUGAUGUUGGAAUUUAUGUAAAUGAGAUUGGAAAGCGUUUCGAAUUUUUGGAGAAUUUAAAGAAAAAUUAUACAAAAGUUUUUGAGAUUUAUUUUCUGAAUUUUAAAAAGUUUGAAAGGAUGGAAAAUUAUUGGGGAAAGUUCAAAGGAAAAUUAAUUUCAAAGAAUAAUGUCAAAGGAAACUUAAAAAUUGGAAAAGAAUUACAUUAUCUUUUAUUUGAAAUAUUGAAAGUAACGGAAGGGAAGCUAAUUAAAGAGGCCUUAAGUAAAAUCAAGAAAAAUUUGUACUUGGAAAAGAUUUCAAAAUAUUUUGUUGAUUUCAUUGGAAUUAAUUGGAUUGUGUUAAAUGCCAAUCAGAAGCAAUUUGUAAAGGAAAUUCUUAACUUGGAAAAUAGUGAAAUUUUACAAAAAUGGACGUUAAAAAUAGAAAAGAGGAUUGAAGAGCUUAAACAAAUAAAAGAACAAGUUGAAAUAGGUUUUUGA